CGCUGAGUCCGCGGGACAUGGCGCUGCCGCUCUGGGUUUAUCUCUUUCUCGGAAUCUGCAGCUCCCCAGCUGUACCCAGUCACUCGAAUGGAACCAAGUCCUUUGGGAAUAUCAUUGAAAACAUCACUGUGGCUGAAUCUCACCAACAAGCAGGGGAUGUGAAGAUCCACAGGAUGUGGGAUUGCCCUGGGAACUUGCUGGCGGUCAGGAAUGGUACUGGGUGUGGCUGUCCUGAUGAGCUUGGUUUGGACCGAGAGAAUUGCAGCUGCCCUGAAGGAUUCCGAUUAAUCAAUACUCCCUGGCAAUGCGUUGAUGUGGAUGAAUGUACGUUUGAAGGGCAGUGUCAUCGAGAGAAGGGGAAUCAGUGCAUCAACACGGUGGGAAGCUACAGCUGUAUCUGUCAAGCUGGCUUCAAGCAGCAAGGAGGAGACUGUGUGGAUGUUAAUGAGUGUGAGCACGUUCCUCCAGUUUGUGAAGGACACGCUGUGUGUGAAAAUGUUCCGGGGGGUUACCGUUGCAGCUGUCAGCCUGGAUUCCGUGGCAAUGGGAGCUACUGUGAAGAUGACAAUGAGUGUGCCUCAGGACAACAUGGCUGUGACACCAAUGCCCGAUGUGGGAACAUCAUUGGCUCCUAUUUCUGCCAGUGCUACCAGGGAUUCAACGGAGACGGUUUCUCCUGCUUCGACAUCGAUGAGUGCUCCGUCAGUAAUGGGCAGUGCCAGCAGGUAUGUGUCAAUGAAGCAGGCAGCUUCAAGUGCCAAUGUAACAAAGGUUACACACUGACCGAGGACAGCAAGACUUGCGCAGAUUUCGAUGAGUGUGUCAAUGAGAAUGCAGGUUGUAGUCAAAUCUGUACAAAUACCAAUGGGUCCUAUACCUGCUCCUGUUCCUAUGGUUACCAAUUGCAUGUUGAUAUGAAGCAGUGUGUUGAUAUUGAUGAGUGUAAGAUUGACAAUGGUCGCUGCUCCCAUUUCUGCACCAAUGGAAACGGAGGACACUUCUGUGGGUGCCCUGUUGGACUGGCGCUGGACAAGGACAAUACAACCUGUGUCAGUAUCACCUCCUGUCGAAUGCAGAAUGGUGGCUGUGAACACAUCUGCACAGAGAGAGUGGACGGGCAGGUGCAGUGUACCUGCCACCUUGGCUGGAAACUGCUCAGUGACAGGAAGAGCUGUUCAGAUGUGGAUGAGUGCGGGGAGUUUGUGAAGGGCGGUUGUCAGCAGCUGUGUAAUAACACCGCCGGCAGUUACAGCUGUAGCUGCUCCUCGGGUUACCGCUCCAGGACUGACGACAAGAGCAAGUGUGAACCUGUCUGUCAUCCUGUCUGUCAGAACGAUGGCGUCUGUGUAGCUCCUGACACCUGUGACUGUCCUGCUGGAUAUCCCGGUCCCGGCUGCUCCGCGAUGUGUUCCCCGCCAUGUUCACAUGGUGGGACAUGUAUGCGGUCGAACAUGUGUCUGUGUCCAGAGGGCUGGGCUGGAACGGGCUGUCAAACAGCUGUGUGUGACUUGCCGUGCGCUAACGGAGGGAGAUGUAUUGCCCCCAAUACCUGCCAGUGUCCUUCUGACUACACAGGGAUACAGUGUCUGACAGCUGUCUGCACUCCACGCUGCCUGAACAAAGGAAAGUGCAUUGAUGUCAACAAGUGCUUCUGUCCCACAGGGUGGAGGGGAGCUCGCUGCCAGAUCGAGCCAGUUGUGUGUGUCCCAAAAUGUAAAAAUGGAGGCACGUGCGUUGGAUACAAUAAAUGCCGAUGUCGCAGCCAGUUUACAGGAAAGAGCUGUGAGACAGCUGUGAUAACGCCGUGUGUUCCCCUGUGCCAACACGGAGGCACCUGUCGGCACUUUAAUAAAUGUGAAUGUCCCAAGGGCACUGCAGGAAGCCGGUGCCAGAAACUCACGUGUCCUCUGGUGACGACGACGGUGAGCACAGUCAGAGCUACCCGCCAGGCCAUUCGUCAGAGCUAUGUGGAGCGUUGUGGGCCCCUCGGGGUCCAACUCUGCAUCAAAUACAGGAUGAACCAACUCCGUGUCUAUGUGCAGGCGUACACAGUGGCUUACAAGAUAUUGUGCCCCAUGCGAGGGAUCGAGCAGUGAUGGCACUGGUUCUGCGAGUGUUGGUGUGUGGCACCAUCACCAGGAAGAGAUUCACCACAGAUUUAACCUUAGUUACACAGUCCACACGUAUCUUUGCGAUGAAGGAUUCUCCCGAUGAAGCUGGUUAAAGAUGCUGAACGACCGUCAGAUUCAGCCCCUGCUGGAUCAGAACAGGACCUGGGUUCAUCUCUGUCCAUAGACACUACCAGGUCCAUCACUUACUGCUGUUACAGACCUGUUCUUACACAACAGUACCUUAUAUUUAGAGUCAGACUAUGGAAUAGGAGAAGGCCAUUCAGCCCCUGAAGUCUGUUCCAUCAUUUAGUGAGUCCACCACUUAUCUGUGGCCUAAUACCAUUUCUUGCUUUUGGCUGAUAUCACUUUGUCCUUCUGCUUAACAAAAAUGUAUCUAUUUCAGUUUUAAUAUCCAUCAUCCACUGCUGUUUAUGGAAACCUGUCCUACCCUUUGUAUGUCAAAGUGCUUCCUCACACCUCUCCCGAAUUGUCAGACGAUGGUCCUAUUUCUAGAAUCCCUGUCCUGUCAAUAUAGAAUACGUAGAGUGCAGGAAGAAGCCAAUGGGGCUGCACCAACCCUCCUAAGGGUCCCAGCCAGACCCACACCAUCCCUGUGACCCUGCAGUUCCCAUAACCAAUUCACCUGAUCUGCACAUCUUUGGACUGUGGGAGGAAACCCACACAAACACAGAGAGAACAUGCAACAUGCCUGAGGCUGGAAUUGAACGUGGUCCCUGGUGUUGUGAGACAGCAGUGCUAACCGCUGAGCCACCCCAAUAUCUUGGGGACUUGAUCUGAUCACCCCCCAACCUUCUGUUUAUAUAGCAUCUGCAAGCAAUCCAAUUUUCUAAGUUGCUGAACUGGAGCAAGAUUGAACAAACAUCAAUACCCAAAGGAAAUAUAAGGAGAGAUAACCAAAAUGUUUCCAAUGAAGAAGUUGCUUUUAAGGAGCUCCUUCGAGGGGGAGUGUGAGGUGGAUGAGUUUGAGGUUAGGGGAGAAUUUCAGAGGGUAAGGUCUGGUAACUGAAUACACAGCUGAUGAUGGUGGGGUAACAGAGACAUUUUGCCAGGACAGGACAGAGUUCAUCAACUUUUCACACCUUCGGACCCUCACUUAUACCUCCUCAGCCUCUCAAUUCUUCGACUCUUCGCUCCGCAGACUGUGGCCUCCCUCUGUUACUUGCUCUUGAUUCAGUCAUCAAGACUCUUAGAUUUCGGUACAAAGAAUUAGGAACAGCAGGCGGCCAUUCUCUUUACUUUACCAUCCUCGUGGUGAUGAACCUAAUAGAGUAAGUUGGAAAUGUAGCAUAGUCAAUGUAAAAUGUAAAGAGAGUCUGUCAGGGAGAGGGUCUGGGCCUUGCUUUCAUAUUUCAGAGCUGAUGCCAGUCAGACAGCUGUUACUCAACUCAGUCUGAAUGGAUUCCCUGCUAUCUUACAUUUAAUAAACUGGAUAUGUAAUUU